ACAGGAAAUCAUGUCGAGCUUUGGACUUGUGCCGUUUUUCCCGAGAUGGUACGAUGACGUGUCUCGCAGCCACUCGCUGUUCGAUCAGUAUUUCGGAAUGCCACUGCGUGACGAUGAUCUUUUUGAUCCUGGUAUGAUGAUGCCGUAUUUUGGCCCUCGUAGACACCAUCAUCGCCAUCCGGAAGGUCAAUUGGCUCCAAUGAGGUCAUCUAUGGACCGUGGAAGAUCUGGAUUGUCCCGUGUUACGAACGACAAGAAUCAGUUCAAGGUGAGUUUGGAUGUUCAUCAGUUCAAGCCGGAGGAGGUUCACGUGAAAACGGUGGAUAAUUAUGUGACGAUCGAGGGUCGCCAUGAUGAGAAGGAAGAUGAACAUGGUUACAUCUCACGUCACUUCGUUCGUAAAUACCUUCUCCCUGAAGGAGUCAAGGCGGAGGAGGUAACAUCUACCCUGUCGUCAGACGGAGUUCUUAGCGUUACUGCGCCGAAACAAAUGGCAAUUGAGAAGGGCGGAGCACGCGAAAUUCCCAUCUCUCGUUCCCCGUUUCCGGCAUUGGGAAGCACGACUGCUGCUGCUCAGAAUGGACACCCAAGUGAAAAGGAAGGCGAGAAAGCUGCCAGUGGCGAACCAAUGGAGAAAUGA